CUGAUGUGCUAGAAGUGAAAAUAGACCAGAACAUUUUAAGAAGCUGCAGGUUAACCAGAGCAAUAUCACAAUCACUAUAAAAUCUUUCAAUGUCCGAGAUGGGAACAAUGCACACUCUACUGCCAGUGACACUGCUGCUCUACUGGCUAACAUAUGUUAAUGGGUUGUGCUCAAUAAAAUGUAACCAGCUAGUUACUGUCACUGGAAACUGCACGGAGCUCUACUGGUCAGAAAUCAGCAAUUGUAAUGAAAUGAAAACCGUGAAUGUAACCAAUAAUUUCAUCAAGCAUGUGAAGACAUUUCCAAAUUUAUCAUACGAAGCACUCACUUCUCUGGAUAUGUCCUACAACAGCAUUCAAACACUUCCAGAAGAUUUUCUAUACAAUGCCGCUUCAUUGGAAGUAGUUAAUCUUGCUCAUAAUGUGAUUUCAAACCUACCAGAAAUGUUUUUGGUAAAUUCUUCUGCUUUAAAACACUUGUCUCUUGAAGGAAAUCCCUUAUCAUCCAUUCCAGCUAGUGUUUUUCAACCCAGCCUUCAGUAUUUGAGUAUUAAUUGUGAAUGCACCAUUGUAGAAAUUACAAGAAAAGCAAACACAUUCUGUCACAAUGGCACAAUAUGUUCAUUCAGAUGCCAGAAAGGGUUGUCCUGGAUUGACAUUGAAGAAUUCUACCAGAAUGAAUGCAAAAGUGUUCUGUUUGUAUUGUACAUAGUAAUUGCCAUAGUGACUGUUGCACUACUAGUGGGAGGCGUGACUUGCUUUAUUUAUUCUAAGAAAAAGAAAGGGGCUAAUUUUGAAAGCAAGGAAAAUGCAGACAAAUCACCUGCUCAUGGGCAGCCACGUUAUAUGACAAGAAAUAUGGACACUAUAUCUCCAGCAACAAACCAAACAAGACUUCCAGGGAGGGAUUAUGAGAAUGUUGUUGUUGGUCAAUGGCAUCCAGAUCAAGAGAAGCCGUACACUUUCACUGAAGAAAGGAGAUGGCAAACUGAAAACCGUAGUGAAAUGAAAGAAGAUGACAUAUAUCUGGAAAGCGAUGUAACUGAUGGUGACCAGCCUAUUUACACCAACACGCAAAAUAUGUACUAUAGUUACACGGAGCCUGGUCAAAUGAACAAUACGAACAAGGAAGAAGAUGAUGUGUAUAUCUUACCAGAUCAGUAAAAAAAAAAAGCAACAUUUCUGUUUUGUAAUUAUUUCUAGUCUAAAUGUAUUUACUUAAUGCAAGUUGCCUGUCCUGGCUGCAUCUGCUUUCUUGGGAAGAGAAUUCCCCAAACUCUCUGAUUAUAAACUUCAUAAAGGCCAAUAGGAACAAUAGACAAUCAGCUGUGGCAGCUGUAUUGCCAGAUAGCACUAAUAUAGUUUGUCCAGUGAAAAUGACACAAACUACUCAGAAGAGGACAUUUAACCAGAAUCCAAUCAUGUAUACGCCCUGGACAGUUCUGCUCUUUACCACCAUGAAAUUACUUUAAGAAUCAACAAUAGGAAAAUAACUUCCAAGUUCUUAUUUCAAAAGUCCUUGGAAGUUAUUUUCCUAUUGUUGAUUCUAGAACAUAAACGUACUUUGUAAAGAUAAAACAAAUGGAAUAUAUUUUGAGUUGUGAAACAUAUAUGGGUAAAAAUCUAAGAUAAUUUUCUGGCAGUUAUGGGUAUAUGAGAGCAGGGCUCAUUGAUGAAAACAGGCAGGGUGCACACCCUUGUCUACUUAGCCAAAAUGAGCAUAUUUUUAGUAAAAACUAAAUGCUAAUUACUAGCAUUUUUUCUAUCACUGCAAUUCAAAGCAGCUUCUUUGCCAUAGCCCUUUGCUCUCUAAUGAGCCCCAGAGCUAUAUUUUAGCUAUCCAUGGCUGAACUACAAACUGUGGUUGUUAAACUACAACUGAAUUAAACCCUAACAUAUACAUAUAUCAUACAUACUUGUGAAAAGGCCAAGUCACCACAAAUGAGGCUGGGGACAAUCUUCUAUUUCCUACCUGGGCAAAUCUUCUCUUAACCUACCUAGAAAGUCAAUAGACCCUGUGUCAAGGAGACCUGUGUUCCUGCUUUAAAUUUUUGCGGUGUUGGACAAGUCACUUAUUUCUACAUCUCAGUUACCAGGCUUCUGGGGGAAUGUGCACAGGGAAAACUAUUUUUUUUCUUAAAGCAAAUGUAAUAUAGGUUUUGUGAAAUCUGUUUAGCAACCACUAUAGUUUGCACCAGUGUGCUAGCGAAUGUAAUGAAAUUUCUUACUGAGUCAUUAUAUCUGUUCACAUGAUUUUAAUUUAGAAUAAGAAUAAUUAUAUUUUUUUUCUUUACAACUUUUAUUUGUUUUACCUAUUAGAUUGUAAGCUCUUGUGGGCAGAGAUCCUAGAUCCUAUGUAUCUAAAAAAAAAUCUGUGCACUUACUGAAGUAUAAGAAUAAAGAUUAUAAUAAUAUA